AUGCCUUCCGAUACAGAGAGCAGCGAUGUCACCGAUGGUGACCGGCCGCUGUCGGCAGCCGCCUCUGUCUGGAACAUGACUGAGUCCAGCGGCGCAGCCGCCAGCGAUCGCGACGCCAGUGCACCGCUUCUGCUUCAGAUCCGCUACAGUAGAGCUGCCCAGACGCCGGAGCUACUUGUAGUAGACACGCCACCGUCGCCCAGCCGACCGUACAUCCACUCCCAGUUAUUGGCGCAGGGACUCCCGCUUGGAACGCAAGGCUCCAGCAACGCUGAUGUUCACCCCGGUACGCCCACAACCGCCGGUGCCACACCGCACCGUGAACAAAAGUCGGAGAUGAGAGUCGCGGGACAACAGACCCCUUCGGCGAUGGCGCGAGAAGUGUCGGUGUGGAGUGAGGCCUGCGCAACCGACUCCUUCGCUUUGCUGCGAAACGCCCGGGAGCCGUCGCUCUCCUACAGCUGGACGGAAAGCUACCUGGCCGAAUCCCCGUCGACAGCAAAGGCGCGAUGGAUGCAGCAGCGGACCUUCGGCCCUGUUGUACAAUCUGAGGGCGGCGGCAGCAGCACUGUCUCCUCCACACCUCGAGCUCCCUGCGAAACAGAGGCGGUGUGGAGCGGUGUCCAGGGGUGCAGCGGAGCCGCACGCGCCGGCGCUGCCGAAGCCGUAGAUCUGCCGCAAGACGGACCGGGCGAUGAGCGAAGUGGGGCCACCCGCGGCGGCGGCGGUGCGCGGCGUCGACGCUUUCAUCUGACGGCGGCGGAGACGGGUGAAAGGGCUCUCGGCGGAGAGAGACCUCACGAUGGCGUGUUUGACCACGUCGCCGUCGACCAUGUUGGAAAGUGCGCGAAACCAACGACGACCAAGCCACUCUUUCAUGUAAACAGAGGUGACACCUCCAUGCGUGCAAACAGCGCCUCAGCAAUGAUUGCCACAGUCCAGCAACCGCAUCGGAUGGGACAAAUAGCACCGAUAGCGAAGCUGCAGAAGGUUCUGAACGCAGCGGCUGCAGUCAACACCACGGAAGGCGUGAGGCUCGAUUCUGAUGACGGGAAGGCAGGGGUGUCACCGUCACCGACCACCAACGCUAAUUUGCGAGAAGUGGGCUUCUCUUCGGCGCUCCUCGACAUUGUUGCCGCUUCGAGGUCACUCUCUUCAGCACGAUCUGUCAACGUUGCAGGCAGUCGCAACGUGCUCAGGAGUCGCUCGUCGUCCGACAGCCCGAGCCAGUGUGAAAGCGACGGAAUGGGGUGCAGCCCCACCGAGAUGGAGCAAAGUCGUGGCAAUCUCAGAGCCUCUCGAUGCUGCCCGCCACGCGGCCGCGUCCUCAAAGUCAUCUACGAGGAUUGA